AUCACGCCCGCAGAACUCCAAAGUCGCUGCUAUAGAUUGCAGAGAAGAAACGGUGUCGUACGUCCACCCAAAUUUUUUUUCUUCCGGGAACAGUGUCAGCUCCACCUAUUUUUCCAGGUGAACAAGCAGAACUUUCAUAUUAACGUACACAAUGCCAAGAAAAGGAAUGAGAAGCAUUUGCUUUGAACCCAGAACGACGUCGUCGCUGACUAUCCCCCGUCAGUCAAGGGCUUAUCCCGCGCGAUUAACAAAUCGUCCUAGCUUUUCUGAACCUACAAAGGUGCAAAACCUCGAAUCCGCGACUGCAAUGAUCACGAAAUGGGAUCCGGAUUCAUCGACGUUUGCUAGAGUGACUUCUCUCUUUUACGAGGAUAAGAGAGAAGCCAUGGAGUUCUUGAAGUGCAUUAACGAUUUACAGAAAGGCAUGCAUUUGUUAGUUUCAGAAGAUUCAGCUUCGGAAAAACUUAUACAAGCUCAAAAUUUGAUGCAAAUUGCCAUGAAGAGACUGCAAAAAGAAUUUUAUCAGAUCCUCUCUAUCAACCGGGCCCACUUGGACCCAGAAUCAGUCUCUACGAGAUCAUCAAGAUCGGCCAGAUCGAGCAUUUCAGAUUAUGAAGACGAUGGUUCACCAGAAGACGAUGAUGUUCAAGUAGCAGGCGAUUCUAUCACCGAAGUAGAAGAAGUAUCUUCAAUAGCUAUGGCGGAUUUGAAAUCCAUUGCAGAUUGCAUGAUUUCUGCAGGCUAUGCUAAAGAAUGCUUCAGCAUUUACAAAGUCAUACGCAAAUCCAUUAUCGAUGAAGGCAUUUAUCGACUUGGGGUUGAGCGAGUCAGUAAUUCUCAAAUCAACAAAAUGGACUGGGAAGCUCUUGACUUUAAAAUCGACAACUGGUUAGACGCGGUGAAAAUCGCCAUGAGAACACUCUUCAAUGGAGAAAAAAUCCUCUGCGACCAUGUCUUCGCCUCCUCCGACUACAUAAAAAAAUCUUGCUUCAGCGAUAUCUCCAAAGAAGGAGCUAUGCUUCUCUUCCGUUUCCCCGAAAUCGUCGCUAAAACCAAGAAAUCGCCUCCAGAGAAAAUUUUCCCCCUACUUGGUAUGUACACUGUCAUGGCCGAAAACUGGCCGGAGAUUGAAUCAAUCUUCGGCCACGAAUCAAUCUCCAACGUACGAUUACAGGCCCUCAAUUCACUCGUCAAACUCAGCGAGUCAGUCCGUGCUAUGAUUUCCAAUUUCGAGUCUUCAAUACAGAAAGAAUCGUCGAAAUUCCAAGUCGCAGGCGGCGGAGUUCAUCCCUUAACUGUCCAAACAAUGAAUUAUCUCUCUCUCCUUGCCGAUUACAGCAACGUUCUAACCGAUAUCCUAGCCGACUGGCCUCCGCCGGCGAAAUCAUCUUUUCCGGAAUUGUACUCGGACAAUCCAGAAUCCACCGACGGUCAGGUGCCGGCCAUAACCUUACACGUGGCUUGGCUCAUUCUCGUUCUUCUCUGCAAACUUGAUACCAAGGCAGAACUUUACAAGGACGUCUCUUUGUCUUACCUAUUCUUGGCGAACAAUCUUCAGCACGUAGUAUCAAAAGUCCGUAGAUCGAAUCUCCAACAUCUCCUCGGCGAGGAAUGGACUCACCGGCACGAAGCGAAAGUAAGACAGUUCGCCGCUAACUACGAGCGGGUCGCCUGGGACCAAGUUUUCAAAUCUUUACCGGAUAAUCCAACGGCGGCGAUUACACCGGACCAAGCGAAAGAUUAUUUUAAAAAUUUUCAGUCCAGUUUUGAGCAAGCGCAUAAGCAACAGAGUCCGUUUAUCGUGGCUGACCCGAAAUUACGAGACGAGAUUAAAGUGUCGAUUGGGAGAAAGUUGGUGGCGAAAUAUCGGGAGUUCUACGAUAAGCAUAUGUUAAUAGUGAGAGAAGAAAGAAACGGCGGGAUGGUGGUCAGAUUUUGUCCUGAAGACGUGGGAAAUUAUUUGUCGGACCUUUUUUUCGGAACGACUUAUGCUUCUGGAAGUUCGGGUUCGUCUUCUACUUCGUCGUCUCACCAUCGGCGGCAGUCGCUGUUGAAAGCUUAGAGUUUGGGUGCAUUAUUAUUAUGGAUAAAAACGUUUUGUAAUAUAAUUAGGUAUUAUUUAAUUUUUAAUAAUUUAAU